AUGCUUUCUCUGCGUUACAAAUCUAGACGCAUCGAGUCUAGAGGAAGGCCCCUCACCGGUGCGCUUACACCUGGGCUAUUAUUGGGGAAGAGGGCCGACCGCCCCGAUCCUUCUGUAGAUUAUACAGGUGGUGGUCAAUUGAGCGACUCACCGCAGCAGACUAAUGGUUCCCGAGCUCAGAGGCAGCGGCAGCAGCAGCAGGAGGCCGCCGAUGAGCCAGCGUGCACACCUAGUAAGGCUGCACACAAUGCUGCACAACAGUCCAGCACGGAGAGCCUGCAUUGCCGUGGUGGGGAAAGCUCCUUCUUCCGAGCCCGCGAGAAGAAGAAAAGGCAGAAACGAAAGAGGAAUUUAGUCGGAGAGGAUGGUGGAGAAGGCAAAGUAGGCUCGAAGCACAUGAGUUUUCACUCGGGACCAGAGGGGAAUUUGAGCCAACAGGCAGCAAACAGAUUCGGCAGUGAGCUGUCGUCUUCUCUCGAGGAGGCGAAGGUAGUGGAAGUCGCCAGCAGCCAUCAGCACCAAAAGCAGCAGAAUCAGGAGCAGCAGCAGCAGCAGUUGCUGGUGAAGCAGUUCUCAGGUCGAGGAGCAGCAGCGAGCUUCUCUUCCAACGUCAUCGAUCGUCUGCAAGGCGGCCGCUUUCGCUCUUUAAAUGAAUUUCUCUAUACAAAAAAGGGGGAUGAGGCCUUUUCAAAAUAUCAAGAAGAGCCGCAGUUGUUUGACAUUUACCAUGCCGGCUACAGGGCGCAAGUACGCCGUUGGCCUUUGAAUCCUUUGGACUGUGUUGCUGCCUGGUUGUCGAAACGCCCGAAGGAAUGGAUAGUCGGUGACUUCGGAUGCGGAGAGGCGGCUCUCUCCUUGCGUUUUCCAGAGAGGAAGUUUCAUUCUUUUGACUUGGUGGCUGCAAACGAGCGGAUCACGGCUUGCGACAUCUCCAAUGUGCCCCUUGCUGACGCCAGUUUAGAUGUGGCGGUGUUUUGUUUGAGUUUGAUGGGCCAAAACUGGCCAGCUUUCUUAAAGGAGGCGCGAAGAGUCCUCAGGAACAGGAGGAAGGAACCGUUUGUGUUCACUGCGUCUGCAGCGGCCAUUUGA